AUGGGGAAAGGACACGUAUUUUGUAAAAUUCAAAUGAAGGAUGAAAAAGGAACACAGUAUAAAAAUUUAGAAGAAUCUGAAGGAAAGAUUAAUGCACAAAGCGAAUACGAAAAGAUUAAGACACAAUAUAAUGAUAAAAAGGAAUACAUAGAAAAGGUGAAAAGAUUGAAAGAAAAUAAAUAUUUUGGAAAUAAAACGAUAGGAAACAGGUACAGUUAUGUAUACCUAAUUAAUCAAAUAUUUGGUUCUGGAAUUGUGUCUAUUCCAUAUAUGUUUAAAAGUUCAGGGUGGUUACCAUGUCUAAUUACAAAUAUUUUAAUAUGCUUAUUAACUAUAUUUAACACAUUAUUAUUUCUGAGAGCAAUGACUAUGAUACCAAAUAAUAUCCAUUUUAACAAGAGAUACGAGUAUAUAUCAACAGUGUGUUAUUUUUUAGGAAAGAAUAAUAUAUUCUUUUGGAUCAUGCAAAUAUGUUACUAUGCCAGUAUUUUAGCAAGUAAUAUAAUAUCAAUAGUUAUAGUGUCCCACGCAAUGGAUUAUAUAAUAAUAAAUUUUAUAGGAUACACAGUUGGAUUUACCGUGUACCCAAACUUUCAGUUAAAAUAUAUUAAGGAUAUAAAUGUAUUAUAUUAUGGUAGAAAUUAUGUGCUAUGUGUAACUGUAGGAUAUUUAAUAAAUGCUAUAAUAUCUAUAUAUUUUUCUCAAUCAAAUUUAGAAGACAAUAUGAAAAUACAGCUAUUAUCUUUCAUAUUUUUAAUGAGCACAAUAUUUCAAAUGAUUUUUUUAAGUAGUCUUAAAAUAUAUCGCUAUAAUGCUAGUAGGACAAUAAUAAAUAAAGAUAUAAGGAAAUAUGCAAAUAUAAAAUAUCCGACAGCUUUUGGAGAUUUUAAUUUUAAACAACUUUUAUCAUCCUACAUUUCUUCUUAUUCAGCAGUAACAGUUAUUCCUUGUUGGGCAAAUGAAAUGAAAUCAGAUGUAAAAAUAAUCAAAACUGUUUGGAUAUCUAACCUUUUUUGCUGUUUUGUUUAUUAUAUAUUUGGGUAUAUAUUAUGUACAGCUUAUCCUGAUAUUAAUAAUGAUAAUAUAUUAUAUGACAUACUACAAAAUCCAUUUAUAAAUGUCUACAUGAAAAUUUGUAUAUACCUUUUUGAUUUACUAACAAUUGCUCCUGGUAUAUAUGUAUAUUGUAUAGCAACAAGAUAUAAUCUAAUUAACAGCAAUAUAUGUUCAGAAAAAGCCGCUUUUAUUCUGGGAACCAUUUUCCCAUUUUUAAUUUCUUGGCUUUUCACCUCAAGAGCUAUUUUUGAAAAUAUUUUUACUUGGUCUAGUUUGAUUUUUUCAUAUGCAUGUAAUUUUAUUACACCACCUAUUAUAUAUCUUAUAGCAUGCAAAAAUAUUCCCUACUCAAAAAAAAAUCCACUUCACCACACCCUUGUCCUAUACGAUCCGAAGGAAUACAAAAUGAGGAAAUCCAUAUAUAACAUUUUUUAUUUAAAUGAUAUAAACAAUGAAAAAAACACAAUAAAUCAUACGUCUACAAAAUUCAAAAAUGAAGAACAAAACGGUGUUACCAUGCAACAUGGUGUACAAAACAAUUUAAAAAUACAUCCAUCUAAUCAUAUUCCUCUGAAGCAGUAUCCAAAGGAAACACCACUCUGUUUACCCACAUUAUCGCAUAAUAAAACACUGCAUACACAUUUUUUGAAUAACAAUGGUAACGACACUAAUAUAUACCAUAGUCGGCAAGGGGGGACUCAAGAGUUAAAUAACAGAAGUGUCCUUCCAAGUCAUGAAGAGGCUAGUAUUAAAAAUGGGAAAGAUAUAAAUGUUACCAUGGUUCAUUCUGAGGAUUACGAAAAAUGUAAAAUAACACAACCACUUGAAAAAUAUCAGAAAAAACUUCUCCUUUCGGAUGAAGAAAAACCAAUGGAGAAUCACCCCUUGGAUGAUUUCAUAAUUCCAGUAAAAGUAGAACCAGAAGAAAAUUCUCUUCAAAGGGAAGACCAAAUGAGGAAAAAGACGAAAAAAAAAAAGAGCGUCUCAUUAAGAAUAAAUCCUCGGCACGUGCGAAUUCAUAUUGAAGACGCAAGUGAAGCGGAAGCAGAAAUCCAUGGUUCAGAGUUAGACAGAAAGGACAGUUCAGGUGUAAAUAAAGGAGUAGACGAGGAAAUAAUUGGGGAGAUAAGAAUAGAUGACAUAACAUAUAAGAAUCAUAACAAAAAUUCUGACAUCUACCACAAAACGUUGGAAGAAAAUGAAAAGGUUUUAUCGAAAAAAAAUGUUGAAAAAAAGAAAAAAAAUUCAAGCGAAUAUCAUCGUGGAAGAAAGAAGGGCACAAAGUCACUAGAACUUCGCAAGUAUCAUUCUAUGUUUAGUACGAAGGGAAAUAAUAGCAACCUCAUAGAAAAACACAAAAAUAAUAGUAGUAUUAGAAGAUCAAGGAAGCACAAAACAGUUAUGGGGUUUGAAAAGAAAAAUAAAAAGUACAAAAAUAUUUUCAUUAAAAAUGAGCAUGAAGAAUUUUCUGAUUAUUCGGAUAUUACUGAUUAUGACCUUUUAAAUGAUAAAAUAAUAGCAGAUUUGUCAAGAGAUAUAUACAAUGAUAUCAAAAUAAUAAAAAGUAACUACGAAAGGGAUGAGUAUUUAAUAAAAUAUUCGGAUAUUUUCGACUCAUUUUUAAAUCUAAAAUUAUUGUUGGAAAAUAACACAGAUGAACAAAACGACUUUUAUGACAUCUGCAACACAUGCACUUUAUAUAAAUUAUCUAAUACUUAUAACUCUACUCAUGGCCACUCAUUGGGCAUUUUGAACACUUCAAGUGGAGAUAAUACAUCUUUCGGUCAUUUGGAUUCUUCUGCCCAAUCGUAUAACUAUGAUACGCAUAAGGAACAUGUGGAAACGUUAUCAUCUAAGGAUCUGCCAAUUCAAGAAUGGAAAUUUCCAAUUGUAGAGGAUGAUAAAAAAAAUGGUCCCAAUACUGGGGAAAAUGGCGAGAGCAAAAGUUGGAUAGAUGAUAAAACAUUUAAUGGAAAUAAAACAAGGGUAAAUAAUGGAAGUAAGGAAGAAGGUAAAAAAUCAAAUGAGUUACUCAACAGAAUUACAAAAAAAUUAACCAAAGUGAACAAACAACGAAUUAGAAGCAGUGUACCUAAUGGGGAAAAUCAAAAUAAGGACGAAAUGGAAGAAGCACAAAACGGGAUGUGCUUAAGUGAUAUAUAUGAAGACAAAUUAAGUGAUAAUAUAAAAAAUAAUUUCCAUAUGUUUAUUAAUAGAAUAAAUAAUAAGAAAAAUUUAACUUGGGCUUUCGAUGGAAAUAAAAAUGAAGAUGAACAUAACCUAUCACCAAAUAAUAACAAUCAUGUAAAUGUAUCAAAUGUAGAAAAUAUUUUUCAUUCAAAUGAAAAUAUAAAUUUAUCAUUUAGAAAAUCCAAAACUGAUAUUUUUUCUUAUUCUAUGAAUUCUUGUAAAAAUAUAGAUAACCACAAUGAUUAUGUGGACGAAAUAAAUGGUAUGGCCCUUUUAAGUAAAUUACAUUCUUGUAGGAAUUGCCCAAUCAAAGAUAGAAAAAGUGAGGGUGAUUUGAUUAACUUGUUGCAGACUAAAAGUGUUGAUAACUUGGAUAAAUACAAGUUUUCAUCUUCACUGCGUAAAGAAAAAGAACCUGUGCACUUUUCACAGCAGAAGGAUUUUGAUAUAAUGGGAGAAAAUGAUAAACAUGAAAAAAAAUCAAUUGAAGACACUAUGAAUAGUUUUGAAGAAAAUUACCAUACAUAUAAUUACGAAAAGGGAAACGAUAUCCAUUUAGGUACUUUAAACAACACUGAAGUGGGUGUUACAACACACUGUAGCUACAUAAACAAGUAUGAAACAUUCCCCCUUGCAGAUCAAACUCAAAAAAAGAAAUUUAAAAAAAAUGAAGAUCAACAAGCGGAUAUAAACAGGAAUAAUGAUCAAUCAAAGGACAGAUUUUUAUACUUCUUGAAUUCGUAUAAUAGAAAAAAAAAAAUGUAUAAAGAUGUGAAUACACUAACAGUACCAGAUAAUGUAUAUAAUGUGAUUCCCAAAAUUAAUAAAGGAAAUGAACAAGAUAAUUUCGAUGAUACUAUAAACAAUAUAUUCAAUUAUUACAAGUAUAAUUUCUUACUAUCUUUCAGUGAAAAAAAUAAUAAUGUUAACAGAUAUAAAAAUAUUAGAAAUUCUUACUGGACAUGUAGCUAUGUAAAUAAAGAAAGAGAAAACAACAGUGAAAAUAUAGGGAGUACACAAAACUGUCAAGGGUAUCAUUUAAAUUUAUUCCAUUCCUCAAAUGAGGACGUUAUCUCUUACAAUGAUAACAAAUCAGGGCAAACUACAUCAAAAAAAAUGAUUUCAUUUCCCAACUUAAAGUGUAAUUAUGUAAAUAAAUUUCAGAAUGAUGAGAAAAAGGAACCAUUACUUAUGAGUCAUGAAAAGGAAAACCAAUGUGACGACUUACCAACAAUUAAUUUAAUUUGUCCUGAGAAACCUUUGCAUGGAUAUGAAGAUGCUUAUCAAAUAGAUGACUAUGUGAAUGGUGAAAUUAAUGAAAACAUAAUUCAUGUAUACCCUUCUAGGUAUCUAAGAAUUAAGCACGCAAAAAUAACAGAGGUACUUUUAUUCAUUGCAGUACUAGUGUUGCUUAUUUCUGUUUUAUAUGAUUUUACAUAUUAA